AUGAAGGAACGUGCCAGCGACGCCUAUGACGAGGUCAAGGAUCGUGCUGAAGAACUAAAGGACAGUGUGUUGGGUGCUACGCAAUCGAACGAAGAACGAUUCGAACAUGAAGUUGGGCAUAGAGCCGACGAGUUGGCCGAAUGCAUUGAUGACCAAUGCACUUGUGAUGUGCUUGGGGCAUCAGGUAAGAAAAGUGCUUAAAGUAAGUGUGAUUGGAACGGGAGUUAUGCUAAGUUAGAGUGCUUAAAUGGGGAGUUAUGUUAAGGUAGGGUGCUGAAAUGGAGAGUUAUCUUUUAAGUUAGGUUAAAGAAUAGAAAAAAUAAAGUUAAUUUAGAAGGGGUGUUUAGGCUACGUACUAUUUAUGUAUGUUAUUAUAGGGAAUUUAAGGUCGAAAAAGUACCAGAUAUACUUAAAGUAUAGGUUGAUGGUAGGACUAAAUCAGAUAAUAGGUAUAAGCUUUAAAUGGUAAGAAUUAUAAGUAAAAGUAAGCUAAAAUAUUACUAAAUGUUCACUAUUUGCUGAGACAACCGUAUUUUUCAAAAAAAAUAUUAAUAUUGUUUUAGGAGAGCUGUUCCACCACUGUCGUCAAUGA